AUGGGAACCCUGGGAAGAGCUAUAUACAGCGUUGGAUUUUGGAUUCGAGAAACUGGACAAGCCAUUGAUCGUCUCGGUUCCCGCCUCCAGGGCAAUUACUACUUCCAAGAACAGUUGUCCAGGCAUCGAACUCUGAUGAAUGUAUUUGAUAAGGCUCCUGUUGUUGAUAGAGAUGCAUUUAUUGCCCCAAGUGCCUCUGUAAUUGGUGAUGUUCACAUUGGCAGAGGGUCGUCUAUUUGGUAUGGAUGUGUCAUGAGAGGUGACGUGAACAACAUUAGUGUUGGAAGCGGAACCAACAUUCAGGAUAACUCCUUGGUGCACGUUGCAAAGUCAAAUUUAAGUGGCAAGGUGUUGCCUACUAUUAUUGGUGAUAAUGUUACUGUAGGUCAUAGUUCGGUUUUACAUGGUUGCACUGUUGAAGAUGAGGCUUUUGUAGGUAUGGGUGCAACACUACUUGAUGGUGUUGUUGUUGAGAAACAUGCCAUGGUUGCUGCUGGUGCCCUUGUGAAACAGAAUUCAAGGAUUCCCUCUGGAGAGGUUUGGGCAGGGAAUCCAGCGAAAUUCCUUAGGAAGCUCACUGCUGAAGAGAUAUCAUUUAUCACCCAGUCAGCUAUCAAUUACAGUAACCUUGCACAGGUCCAUGCAGCUGAAAAUGCCAAGGCUUAUGAUGAAAUUGAGUUUGAGAAGGCUCUCCGAAAGAAGUUUGCGCGGAAAGACGAAGAGUAUGACUCAAUGCUGGGCGUUGUUCGUGAGAUCCCACCAGAACUCAUUCUUCCAGGCAAUGUCCUACCUGAUAAACAAGCAAAGGUUUCCACACAAUGA